AUGAUCACACAGGACAGAGAGGCUCCUCUUUUUGGUGAAGAAGAUGAUGGCAUCAACACAAAAAAGUCCAAUAUUAAACAUCCCCUGGUCUCCUUUUUCCACCUCUUUUUUAGGAUCAGUGCCAUCCUUGUGUACUUAAUGUGUGAUUUGUUUAGCAGCCGCUUUAUUGCCUGCAUGGUGUCCAUCAUCCUCUUACUGUCAUGUGACUUCUGGACUGUCAAGAAUGUUUCUGGAAGGCUGCUGGUUGGCCUGCGCUGGUGGAACCAAGUGGAUGAAAAAGGAAACAGCCACUGGAUAUUUGAGUCAAGGAAGCAAAAGCCACAAAGCCAGAGCACAUCUCAUGGAGCUGAAGCUCGCAUCUUCUGGCUCGGCCUGGUUGUGUGUCCCAUCUUCUGGAUCCUAUUUUUCUUCAGAACGGUCUUCUCUCUUGAAAUUAAAUGGCUGGCCGUGGUUGUAAUGGGUCUGGUUUUACAAUUGUCUAACCUGUACGGCUACAUGAGGUGCAGACUUGGUGGAAAGUCGGACUUAAAAGAAAUGGCUAAAGGAUACCUGGGAGCUCAGCUUUUCAGACAGGCAACAAAGACAACAGAAAACCCCUGA